GUAAGGAGCAAGAUUGCCUAGAUCAUUAACAUAGAUUGUACAGUGGACAAUAAACUAAAGGUGGAGAUGAAGGUGAUCACACAGUUCUAUAUACUAGUGUUUGGGGCAUCAAGACCUUUUCAGCUUCUGCUCCUUGUUCUUGCGAAGUUCUCUGAGUCUCUGCAGCUCUGCCACCAGCUCGUCUCUCCUCUCCUUGUUCUGUUUCAAGUAGUAGAACUCCUUCAGGUAGAACCCGAGUCCCAUCCCUCCCAAUGCACCGCCACUCAAAGCCACCACCUUUCCGAAGGUGCCCAUGCUCUAGUUUCCCCGGCCCCGCCCACCUACUCACGUAGCCACCGCACGCAUGCGCACACGAUCUGCACCUACUUUGAGGGCCAGCGCAGCUAGCUAGAAGCAGUAUAAGGUCUUUCUUGCUGCUACGUUGGAUGAAUAUCGGUACCAGCGUGAUUGUCUCCUCUUCUGGCAGGUCCUGAUUAGAAUUUUUCAACCCAUGCAAGUGUGCCAGCCCUGGAUCGCAGCAUACUAUAGUCCGGAGUCCUAGCUAAAACCGUCCGCAUGGUGGAAGAGAUGGCCACCACCAAAGUGCCGCUAGGUCGUUCCUCUUCAAUGUCUCCCACGACGCGCUCUCCCAGACCGGUACGGAGACUGGACAAGAUGUCUACGCAGGUGUUUGAGGACUUUGCCAAGAAGCUCCAGCUGAUGUAUCUGAGAGAGAACGGUGCCGGUGGAGACGUGACCUCCCCCAAGUUGCCCCACUCCCCUCUCUCCAGCUCUCCUCUGAUGGAGAUUGAGGAGAAUGAGAUCCAUCCUCAGGAUAUCGAAGAAGUGCUGGACAAGACAGCCUCCUCUGGAGUCUAUACUCAUGACCCCAGUUCAAUGAAUGCUCAGUUUGAGUUCAGCGGCGACCGACGCGAGGUGGACGUGGGUCUGUCUGAUGUGGAGAAGAAGGUCAUCUACAGAGAGGAGACCAAACUGGAGGAUGAUUUCUGUCGGGCCGAGACCACCUUGCUCUCCGCAGGUGUGUGCUUGAGAGUGCCAUUCAAUCGUGUCAUGAUAAAGAAGACACCUGUGGAAACUACAGAGCAUGUGGACAUUGCAGGAGUUUCGGAAACCAUCUUCAAGGAGGUCCGUCAGCUGCUGAAGACGGCACUGGAGCUGCGUCGUAAGUACAUGGACCUGAGUCUGCAGGAGUUCUGUCGGACGACGGCCAACAUGCUCGACAAGAAGCUCCCACCCAGCUCCACCUUCUGCGUCCCCGACGUGCUGUCGGGGGCAAAGUUCACGCCAGCCGGGGACAUUCUUUCCACUGAGAUUCGACCGAGAGAGAUCACCCCUGGAGCCUUCACUGCUCCCACCUCCUCCGGCUUUGAGCUGAGGUUCUCUGUUGAGAUGGUGGACGGUGUGGCCAAACUUACCGGUGAUGUGGAGGAGUCCAAGAUGUCAGAGGAGGAGCUGGCAGUAAUGGAAGACGAUCCUCUCAGCUCCCACGACUUCAUGACUGACCUGAGGACUGAGUUUGUGGACCACCUCAAUGCACUGAAGGUCCUCUCAGCCCAUGGCCCUGUGAAGUCGUACACGUUCCGGCGACUGUGCUAUCUGGAGUCUCGGUUCAACCUCCACGAAUGCUCAAUGAACACAAGGAGCUGAAGGCACAGAAAAUUGUGCCCCAUCGAGACUUCUACAACGUGAGAAAGGUGGACACCCACGUCCAUGCCUCCUCGUGCAUGAACCAGAAACACCUCCUGAGGUUCAUAAAGUCAAAGAUCAAGAACCAUCCGGACGAUGUGGUCAUCAUCCGUGGAGGAGAGAGACUCACUCUGGCUGGAUUGUUUGAGAAGCUGGACCUGAGGGCCUACGACCUGACAGUAGACCUACUGGACGUGCAUGCUGACCGCAACACUUUUCAUCGCUUUGACAAGUUCAACUCCAAAUACAAUCCAAUAGGCGAGAGCAGACUGAGGGAGGUCUUUCUGAAGGUAGACAACGACAUGGGAGGAUGCUACUAUGCCGACCUCAUAAAGGAGGUGAUGGCGGAAAUGGUGGAGAGCAAGUACCAGAUGGCAGAACUGCGUAUCUCUGUGUACGGGCGCUCUCUAGAGGAGUGGGACAAACUGGCCAACUGGGCCGUCACCCACCAGGUCUUCUGCAAGAACGUCCGCUGGGUCAUACAGGUCCCUCGUCUCUAGUGA